CCAAAAGCAGUUUUUGCUUGUGUGUACCAAUAGUAUUGUGCAGUUUAACAAACUUUUUAUGCAAAGGCUAGAAAGGUUACAUGUUAAGAAGUGGGGUGGAAACUAAUGCUUUGAAGGGAGCAACUUUAAAUUGCAAAGCAAGAACUGACGUGUAUCACUUUUCAAAUCAGAAAGAGCCUAGUCUGUUUCGUGGAGCUCUGCGGCGUGCACAUUGAUAUACAUGAAGCAAAAGUUGUGUUUGAUAUAUCAUAGUAUAGUAAAGCCAUAAAGAAUAAAGUAAAGCCAUAAAGCUUAAUUUAAUAUGUUAUGUGAUUGCAUCCUUUACGCCGGAUUAAUAGAUUGCAAAAAGAUCGUUUAUUUACUGUUUGUGUUCAUCAGAUUGUGUUAGUCAAUUAUGUGAGAAAAUAGUGAUAGGUGAAUAAAAGAGGAAACAAAUUUUUAAAAACCAGAUUUGGAAAACAUUGAUUGAGAAAGUUUUUUAUUGAAGUAAUAGUUUUGCAGGAAGCAUUAAAUCAGAAAAUGUCGAAAGAGUGGUGUUGGAAAAUGUUUUUCCUUGUGUUGUGUGUAUCUGUGAUAAAUCCAGUGUAUGGAAUCUUUGAUCGGCUGGUAGUACAGACAAGUAGCGGUCCAAUACGAGGUCGUUCAACAAUGGUACAAGGUCGUGAGGUGCACGUAUUUAAUGGUGUACCAUUUGCAAAACCUCCCGUCGAUGGGCUUCGCUUUCGAAAACCUGUACCUGCUGAGCCUUGGCACGGCGUGUUGGACGCUACUCGACUUCCUGCAUCUUGCAUACAAGAACGAUAUGAAUAUUUCCCUGGUUUCGCUGGAGAAGAGAUGUGGAAUCCCAAUACGAAUGUAUCAGAGGACUGUCUAUAUUUGAACAUUUGGGUGCCAACAAAAACCCGUUUGCGCCAUGGCCGUGGUCUAAAUUUCGGAAGCAAUGACUAUUUCCAGGAUGAUGAUGACUUUCAGCGUCAGCACCAAUCCAAGGGUGGAUUGGCAAUGCUGGUUUGGAUAUAUGGAGGGGGUUUUAUGAGUGGCACAUCAACGCUGGAUGUUUACAAUGCUGAAAUUCUUGCGGCAGUCGGGAACGUGAUAGUCGCCUCGAUGCAAUAUCGUGUGGGAGCAUUUGGAUUUUUUUACCUUUCACCUUAUCUGAACGGACACGAGGAGGAAGCUCCCGGCAACGUUGGUCUGUGGGAUCAGGCUUUGGCUAUCCGGUGGCUGAAAGAGAAUGCAAAAGCCUUCGGUGGAGACCCAGAUCUAAUUACGUUAUUUGGAGAAUCAGCAGGUGGAAGCUCAGUUAGCUUACAUUUGCUAUCACCCGUAACUCGUGGGUUAUCGCAUCGAGGGAUUUUGCAAUCCGGUACUUUGAAUGCACCCUGGAGUCAUAUGACUGCGGAAAAAGCUCUUUCCGUGGCUGAAGCGCUAAUUGACGACUGCAACUGCAAUUUGACUCUGCUCAAGGAAUCACCUAGUGCCGUUUUGCACUGCAUGCGUAAUGUGGAUGCAAAAACAAUUUCGGUGCAGCAAUGGAAUUCAUACUCUGGAAUUUUGGGUUUCCCGUCUGCGCCUACCAUCGAUGGAGUAUUCAUGACAGCAGACCCGAUGACCAUGCUGCGCGAAGCCAAUUUGGAGGGUAUAGAUAUAUUGGUGGGCAGCAACCGUGAUGAAGGCACAUAUUUCCUUCUUUAUGAUUUCAUCGAUUAUUUUGAAGGGGAUGCCGCCACAUCCCUACCAAGAGAAAAGUUUUUAGAAAUUAUGAACACUAUUUUUAAUAAAGCUUCGGAGCCGGAACGUGAAGCAAUUAUUUUCCAGUAUACUGGAUGGGAAAGCGGUAACGAUGGUUAUCAAAAUCAACAACAAGUAGGACGUGCAGUUGGUGAUCAUUUCUUCAUCUGUCCUACGAAUGAUUUUGCUCUUGGUCUGACGGAACGUGGUGCCUCGGUUCAUUAUUACUACUUUACUCACCGUACAAGCACCUCACUUUGGGGUGAAUGGAUGGGAGUGCUGCACGGAGAUGAAGUGGAGUACAUAUUUGGACAACCGAUGAAUGCUUCGUUGCAGUAUCGGCAGCGUGAGCGAGAUUUGAGCAGACGAAUGGUUCUGUCAGUAAGCGAGUUUGCACGAUCAGGAAAUCCUGCUUUGGAAGGAGAACAUUGGCCGUUGUAUACGAAAGAGAAUCCGAUAUAUUUUAUUUUCAAUGCAGAAGGAGAAGAUGAUUUACGGGGCGAAAAGUACGGCCGUGGUCCAAUGGCAACAUCGUGUGCUUUUUGGAACGAUUUCUUGCCACGGUUAAGAGCAUGGUCGAUACCACCCAAGACGUCGUGCAAUUUGUUGGAGCAAAUCUCGGCAGGGAAUGUGAUCUAUCUGGAUAUUAAAAUCGUAACGGUGCUCACAGUGAUAACAUUGCUAAACUUAUUCUAAAUGCAUCCUACUCCGAUCACCCUACCCACUUCACCAUAUAUCGCAAAGCUAGUGAACAAUUUAAUCAGGAGAAUGCAGAGCUUUAUACGUGACCCUGUCAUAUAUAUAUUCAUUAGAAUUGAUAUUGAACAAAGAGAACUUUGACGUUCGCUUUACUAUAUUUUCAGUGCUGCAACAUGCUAAUGACUCCGAAAGGAUCAGAUAAUGUCAAAAUUUCAGGAAAUAUAAAAUGUGUAAAAAAUCAGAUGAAACUGAAGAUUGGUUCGAUUGUGGAUGCAGUAUAAAUUGAUUGAAAAGAAAAACUUGAUGUAGAACUGAUUCGAUAUUUUAUAUGAUGUGACUGGUGGAGCGCGGGCGCUUCUUAAACCACAGUUUUGUUGUUAUAUUCACUUUUACACCUGAACAGUCACACAACCAUACAUGUUGCACAUUGCUGAAUUAAAGACCUAUUUGUAAAGCUGAAGCAUAUCGAAAGUCGUGUAAUACCACAAAAACUAGAAAUGCGUUCUAAUAAAUGUUUAGAAAGAUACUUGUUAGAUGUGCUGUUGAUUUUCAUGCUUCAUGUGAAUUAUUUUCGGUUUUUCAUUUAAACACGUGCAUUUUUUGCCAAUUUUGGCCGGCACUUGAUAUUUUAAAAGAUGCCAGUAUUAAGUAGAAGUAAAUGUUUCGAUGUUUUAAAUGUUGUAAUUAUAAAAACUAAACCAAUAAUGAAUAUAUCAGUAUAACUGCACUUAUCAAUGGUUUACGCCUAAAUGUAUAGCCAUACAAAAAUGUUAUAAGGUUUAGAACCGAUAUUUUGACCCAAGGAAAAGUGGUAUAUUCACGACUUCUGAAUAAAGUUGUUCUAUUUUAAGUUAGCAAAAGGUGAAUAUAAUUUAGUUUGUCACUUAGAUUAUAACGCAAUGGUCGAGUUUGUUUAGAACAUGAAGUAUAUCAAAAUAUACUAGUAUUACAAAACCGACAAGUUUUCCAGAGAAGACCUAACAAGUGCACUCUUUUUAACUCCUAUGGUGCAAAAACAAAACACAAUGAGAAACAUGGCAUAUCUUACAACAAAUAACACAUAUCAUCUAGCGGUAAAAAAACAAAUGAAUACUACGAAUAAGUAACUGCACGCUUUUUUGUGUGUCGUAAUAAUUAACGUGCAUUUUUAUCAGAAAAUAUUAUUAAGAAAAAAUUAAAUUUAAAUAGUAUUUUUAGUGCCACAAACCCACCCUCCCCUUUUUAUACACAUACCAAUUUUAUACACACAAUUUAAACAAACACACUCCUAGCCCUCCAUCGAUCUUACGAAGCCUGCAUAGAGUAAGGAAUAAGAGAAAUAUUCACACAGUAAAGUUGCAUGUAGGAUAAAUUGUAGGGAAUUUAAUCUACUCAAAGUGCAUUUGUUGUUAGUUGUGCACCUAGCAAAAAUUAUGAUUAUGCUGGCAGGUUCUAGAUACCUUUAAUAUUAUUCGGUAAUUAAAAAUCAGUCGAAACAGAUCAAAACAUAAAAAGUAAAGGUUGGAGAAUCCUAAGUAAUGAAAUCUCCGCAUAAACUUUAGUGACAUAGAUUGAAAUGUCUACUCUCGUAAUGUAGGGACGAUGAUUGCAGCUAAAAUUCCAUGGUCCAAAAAAGAUUGCAAUAUGGCAACUAUAACCGGUCAAUAUGGUGUCCGCAGCUGACUAUUUGUUCGCCUCGUCAAAACUAUGAUAUUUAUAUGAUUGCAAAAGUUGUCUCACUUGGGCUUAGCGCUUUUCACAAUCAUUCUCUAAUGAAAAGAAUGGUAAUGCAAUUGUAAUGAGGCUUCAAGGCGAGUAUUCCAAAAAAAGAAAAUUUGUCUAAAGAGUUCAUCCGGCCUCUGAACGAAAGCAAAAAAUUAAAUAGAAAAAAAUAAUGUUAAACGAGACAGUUAUUUUUAUUAGAACCUGUUCUGCACAAAUGACCAGUUUUAUGGUCAUAAAUCCAUUGCAGUGUAGCAUGUAAACGCGUUUCGUAGCAAUCUAUUUGAACAACCACGCAGAGUUUUUUGGAAGCUUGCUAUUAUUGGCAUUAAAAUCUGCCUAACACAUAUGUUCCCAGUAAAUCCGGUUAACAUCCAUCACAAAAUAGAUCGCAAGAUUUGAUGCUGCACUAUAUCAUAAAGUAAAGUCGAUUGAACGCAAAGAAAUUUGAAAUUUUUUUUCUUUAAUUUUUUGUUGUUCUAUGUUUUAAUAACUACAAAAUAGUUUGAUGUCAAAGUCCAUGUUUCUACUGGUUCGCCAGAUCUUAUUUAGUUUCGGUAAUUUUGCAAAUUAGUAUGUAGAUUUAUGAAAGAAUCAAUUUUUAUUUGCUUGCAUAGCAUCUUGAUUUCUUAUGCGUUAUUACUACGUUAUUACGUUAUUGCUUGCGUUUACUGUCGGUGGGAAACAAGAUCACGUUUCCUGGAAACCUAUUUUGAACCUUCCAAUGAUCUCGAAAGUAUUGAAAACAUUGAUAAGUGGGCUGAGAUUUCGAUGUUGUUAUGUAUCAUUAGUUAUCGAUUAAAAGUAAACGAUCAUAAGAAUUAUCUGAAAUUAGUUAUACGAUAUAGGAUAUAUUUUUUGCUUAAAUAAUCAAAAAUUAUUUUUUUGAAUCUUAUUAGAAUCUCAUAUUUACGUAAAAGAAAAUAUUUAA